AUGCUCGGGAUAGAAGAACAAUACAUCAUAGGUUUUAAACCUAUCGACAUGGAAAAUGAUCCAAUUAAAUUUGAGGAAAAGAAGAAAAAUCAACCCAAAAAAUAAAAAAAGGAGGUUUAAGAAUCUGAAGAUGAGGACUAUGAUUCUGAGGACGAGGAAGGUUAAUUGUAAAUUCCCAAAGAUGUGGUCAGAUAGGUAGAAGACUUGCAAGAGGAUUUGUUUUACUUGGUUUGCUAUCUGAGAUAGAAAACAGAAGAAGAAAUAGAAAUUGAAUAAAAAGUAGGAUAUUUUCUUUAUUCAAUAAUUAUCUAGAAACAAAGGAUAGAGUUGGAGAUUGAUGAUGAGAAAAGUCAUCUGAAGAUCAAGCCUGAGAAAGGGGCCUCUAAGUAUAUGCUAUGUCCAUUUAUAUAAUGUCUCAAAGAAUUCUCAGAGACUGGAAAUCUUAAGACUCACAUGAGGACUCAUACUGGAGAGAGACCAUUUGUAUGCACCUUUGAAGGAUGUUAAAAAGAAUUCAUAACUAAGGGACACUUAAAGACGCACGAAUUGAUCCAUUCAGGAGAUAGGCCAUACGCUUGUGAAAAAUGCGACAAAAGUUACUCAAGGUCUGGACGUUUAAAAAUUCAUAUGAGAACCCAUACUGGAGAAAAGCCAUUUAUCUGUCCUUUCGAUAAAUGCGAUAAAACCUUUACUGAGAAAGGUAACCUUAAAACUCAUAUUAGGAUUCACUCAGGUGAGAAGCCAUAUCUUUGCUCCUUCUAGGAUUGUGACAAGUCAUUCACUACUUAAGGCCAUCUUACGGAUCACAUGAGGAGACAUUCUGGCGAGAGGCCAUUCAAAUGCACUAAAUGUGAUAUGGCUUUUAUGAGAUCCAGCACUCUCAAAAUCCAUUUAAGGCGCCAUAAUGGGGAAAAGCCAUUUCAGUGUGAAGGUAUUGAUGAAAUAUUUGACGAUGAAGACUCAGAACCAAACUAUCUUCCACUAAAUUCAAACGAAAAUCAUAAAAUACAAUUAAAUAGGAGAGCAAGUUCUUAGCUAGAUUUAACAUUUUGUCAAGAAAUAUCCAAAGGGUUUAAAAAAGUCACUGAGAAGAAACUGAAAAAUAAACUAGCUAAGUAACAAGAAAAUUUUGAAAAUACACCCAAAUUUUAAGGUAAUAAUGAGUCCAAGAAAAAGAGAAUUAUUAAAAAUGAGGAUAAAGCAAAGAUUAAGUCCCAGAAAGAGAUUAAGGUAGAUAGUCCUAUAAUGAAAGAAGCUGAAAAGAUUGAGUUUAAGCUAGAUAAGAGUUUCUAAUAAAUUCAUAAGAAUCUUGUCUAAUAAAAUUUUGAAAAACAGCAAUAUCAAAUGUAAUAAUAGUCUGAGCUGAAUUAGUCUUAGUAGUCAAGUGAGAUUAGCUAACUAGGACUUUAAUCUUAGCUAAAGUUUAUUAAUAAUAAUAGUACCUCAACUAGCCAAUAAAACUUCUCAAUCAACUAUUAAACAUAGUAACCAUAAAAUUGUAUUUCAAUUGGAAAUAUUGGACAGGCUACAUUUAAUAUACCCAUAGCUAUUAAUGUUUUUCCUCAAUAACUGGGCAUGAAAUCAGCAACAUCUAGUAAAUAGCCAUCAUUUUAAAAUCUUUUUGCUAGUCUUUAGUAAAAUUAAUAAGGCUACACUGCCUCUAAAUUCUAACCAAGCAAUUCCAGUAACAACAACAAUAAUAAUAACAAUAAUAAUGGAGUUUAAUCACCACAGAGAGCUGGUAGCUAGCAUAACUUGUAUAGCUUUUAAUAGAGUCCAUAAGGCAAAACCUAAUUUUAGUCAGAUCCUAAUGCAAGCAAUUAUUCGCCUGAUUCUAAUCAAAAAGUUAUAAUGAAACACCAUUAAUAGAGUCAACCUGUUCAGCCUGGUUUUUAAAUCACACAUCCUAAGUAACACCUUGAGAAAUGGAAAAACUUUGGAUCAUUCUCAAGUAUCACAAGCUUAAAUGAACUAAUCAUGAAUAAUAAAAGUUUUGGCUUACCAACAAUUGGCAACACAUUUUAAAAUUAAUAUAACUUCUCUUGUGAUUCUAGGCCGAUGUCUAAGUAAGGAAGCGCACAUAAUUUGUAUUCAAUGCAAAUUUAAAACAUGAACAAGAAUAAUAUGAUGGGAUAAAACUCAGAUAUGAAAGGAUUUGUUAAGUUCCACGACAGUGGAAUGAAUCUUGGAGAAGCAUCUCUGAAUUAAUAAGUAAUGAAUGCAGGUAACUUCGGAUCAACUAUAGCUGAUUCUGAAGCCUUAAGACAGCUUUAAAAAACUCACAGUUUAACUAAUUUAUUUUCAUCAAAUCAGAAGCAAGUUCCCCUUUUCCCUUCUGAAAUCGAUCAAAACAAUAGACCAAAGUGA